AUGUGGUCGACGAUGGUCCUGCGCUUCACCGAGUUCCUGCCGUGCGGUGCGCUCGCGACGGCAAGCGUGACGGUGCUCGUGUCCGCCUUGUCCAGCUCCCCGUCGGCGCUAUGUGAGGGCCCGCAGCAGCAGCCGAAAGUCGCGCUGAGUCCUCAAGAGUUCCGCGCCUUUACAGUGCGCAAAGUGGAGACGGUGAACCACAACACGAAGCGCUUGACGUUUGAGCUGCCAACGCCCGAGCACGAGAUGGGCCUCACGACGCCCAGUUGCCUCAUGGCGCGGGCCCGCGUUGAUGACAAGACAGUCGUGCGCCCCUACACGCCAACGAACGUGAACGAGGAGAAGGGCUUUCUCGAGCUCGUGGUCAAGGGGUACCCGCAAGGGAAGAUGAGCAAACACAUUGUCGAGCUCAAAGAGGGCGACUCGCUGGAGAUGAAGGGCCCGUUUAUGAAGUUCACGUACAGCCCCAACAAGUACAAGAGCAUUGGCAUGAUCGCUGGCGGGACUGGCAUUACUCCCAUGCUGCAGCUCAUUAAGACCAUUUGCCGCAACCCGGAAGACCGCACAAAGAUCACACUGAUGUACUGCAGUGUGUCGGAAGAAGACAUUAUCUUGCGGGAGGAAGUGGAGGCCAUGAUGUACUUGUACCCUCAGGUCUCGGUCGUUCAUGUGUUGAGCAACCCGUCAGCUGCAUGGCAGGGUCUGACGGGCUUUGUCUCGAAGGAGAUGCUCGAGCAGUACAUGCCAAAGCCGUCGGACGACAACCUCGUGUGUGUCUGCGGCCCGCCGCCCAUGAUGUACCACGUCUCGGGUGACAAGGCGAAAGAUAGGUCGCAAGGCGAGCUGCAGGGCCUGCUGAAGGAACUGAAGUACACGUCGAAGCAGGUGUUUAAAUUCUAG